CGAACGUGAAGUCUGCCACGCACACACUUUCUCUCGGUGCAACGCGACUCAAAGCGCGGUUAUAUUCAACGAGACCUGGAAGAAAUGCCACACUCGCUUAUGACCGGACCAUUCGUACUGCAUGAUAGCUCUGCUGCGUAUUCUGCGCGUCGCGGCCGAACGCUCGAUUCUUUAUCUUCGGAUUUCUCGGGGAAAGCCUCCGUUUUCGCUAGCAGAGGAACUGGCGAAGGACGGACUUGGCGGAGGGGAUCGACGGUCAUAAACAUGGCGGCCUCUAAAGAAAAAAAAUCCCGAGACCUUGACAUGAUCAAAGGCAUGCUCGACAACGAGAAUACUCUGCUUGUCGCCGGCUUCCGUUACCAAGGACUUUCGGUCAAGAAUAUGAUCAAAUUUCGCCGGCAGUUGCCCGAAGGUGCGCACCUUCUAGUUACGAAGAACACCCUUAUGGUGAAGGCAACAGAGGGAACGAAAUGGGAAGCCAUCUCUGAGUGUGCAACUGGUAUGAAUGCCUGGCUCUUCGUCGACGAGAAUAUCGCCCCUGCGAUCAAGUCUGUAAAAGGCCUUCAAAAAGACUGGAAGAAAGAUGGAAUCGAAGUGGAUUUUAGCGGUGCGAUCCUAGAUGGAAAGUUCAUUGACCCCAAAGGCAUCUCGGCCCUUGAGAAACUUCCCACCAAAAAGGACCUCAUCACCAUGGUUGCAGUUGGCAUCAAACAGGUUCCAACGAAGCUUGCACGGGCAUCUAAUGGUGUUCCCCUGAAACUUGCGUAUGGCGUGAAGGCCAUCGCCGAGGGAGAGUCUACCAUUAUUACGGCUUAAAAUGAGCAACUCAUAUUUUUGAUAUUUAAGUCAGCUACAUAGAAGUACAAAU